AUGCCCUCAAGGCUGCUGCCCAGGGCGAUCGUGUGCAGAACCAACAACAGCGCAAGUACCACCGUCGAAGCACCGCAAGUUUCUCUACCUGUAACACCAAAGAGAGACAGCAAAGUCGACGUGUAUGCCCUCAAGGCUGCUGCCCAGGGCGAUCGUGUGCAGAACCAAGUAAACGUCUACGACCUUCUGCACGCGUCCGCCGAAACACGGGGGCCAGUACCGAAGGCCGUUAACUUGGCGGCCACGAGAGAUGUGGCAGCUCUCCGGGAGGCAGCAAUUCGGGUGAUCUCCUUGUUCGAGGUCCUCAUCUUCACGUACGUCUGGCUCCGAAACAUCGCCGAAGAUGAACCAGGCAUGCUAGAGAUAGGGGCUCCCGGGUGGACCCUACGGAGGCCUUCUCACGGAGUAGUGCCUGUCGGGACCACCGCUGAGAGCGUGGACGCAGUCAGCACUGGUGACGCCGAAAAGCACUAGCGGGAAGUGCGGGUGGUUGCGCGCGGGGCCAGGAAUGGAAAUGGCGCAUGCUUGCCGGAUUGGUUUGGUCCGGGGGAUUUCGUGGACGGUGACACUUCAACCCUCUAUGCUACCCAGGUGGACGGGUUGCAUGCAUACGCGGCGGCAAAGACAAAGUUCAUUGUCGACGGAGUACAGCCG